AAUUUUAUUUCAUAAAAUAACAAAUCGGAAGUUAUAUCUGGUUCUUCGCACACGAUAAAAAUUUUAUUACGGAAUUGUGUCGGUAAAAUAUGUGAAACCGAAGAAUCAAUGAAAACAUAUAAGGACACUAUCAAUCAGAUAACUUUUAUGAUCCAUCAAGCAUUAGGUUAUCAAUAUUUGGAAGCUUGGUAUCAUAUUCUUCAUUUAAUAGCCCUACUGUUUCAGGCAACUGGUAAAGCGAGAAGUCCGCAAUUAAUAGAGAUAUUAAAAAGUCUUGCUGAGUUACGUGAUUCUUACAAUUUUGCGUGGAAAAAUGACGCUGAGUACGCUAUUGGAGCUGCGAUAAGAGUGCUAGGACCGGAGACAGUAUUAAAUUUGAUUCCAUUAAAGGUAUCACACAAUGCGAUUAAUUCAAAAAUAACUUGGCUACUACCAUUAUUGAAAGAUUGUAUGCUAGGUGGGUCACAUACUUUCUUCACGGAAGCAUUGCUACCUAUCGUUGCAUUGUGCGAAAAAAAAGCAACCGAGCACCUGUACGCAGGAAAACUUACGAAUUUCUCGUUUACCAAGUCUGGGCUAUUUUACCAAAAUAUAUCUAAACUGUUAGGAACAAAUUUAAAUGAAAGAAGGAAUUUAAGGACGUCGAUAACGUCUGCCUUACGAAGAUUAAUAACGAAAGCAGUCGAAGGCGACAAAAAAGAAGAUAUACACGAACUAGCUAGAUUUGCAAAGAAUUAUUUACCAUUGUUUCUAAAUCUAUACACUACUAAGCCACUUGGAACUGACGAAGAAGGACAACGCUUCGCCACGUUUGAUACAAUAAGAGUGUAUCUUACAAUUACGGAUAAAGAAUUGGUACACGAAUUAUUCGAUCGUGCGUUAUUUAAGUUGAAAGAACCUGAUAUCGACGAUUUUUUCAAAGAAAGUAUUCACGAUAUAAUAAGAUUAUUUAUUAAUCAUACUGACAUUAAUAGAUUAAGGACGUUUUACGAUAUGUGUGUACCACUUCUUAAAGAAAUUUCUAAAACCAAGGAACAGAAGAAAGCGUAUAGGUUUUUAGAAGAGAUAUGUGGCAGUGGGAAGGAAACGUGUAAAGAGUUUGUAGUUCGAGAUACAAAAAUUAUUAAUAAUAAUAAUCCUCUGCUACUGAAGUCGCAAGCCAAGCAGAGGAGAAAUCCUACACAUCUUAAAGAUUAUGUUAAUAUGCUCAUGGUUGGUUUGAGUGGUGCGAUAGAAAAUAUACAAAAGUAUUGUACCGCAUCCUUGCUGGCACUUUCUUCUAUCACUUAUCAUUACAACGGUACAGUUUAUUUCAAACUAAAGUCAAAAUAA